ACAGUUAUUAUGCGCACACUGCUAUGGCACGUCAUAUUUCCAUAAUGGCUACCCCUAUGAUGGAAGAACUUCCCAAGACCUCUGUGUUGGACCCACUGAAGGGUCUCCUGCUGACCUAUUUCAUGCCAGAAUCAUGUUACGACGAGUUUUUCCUCAAUUUUAACUUUCUGGAUGUACCAUGUCUGAAGAUUGUGCUGAGCAAAGGUCUGGGCAUUGGAAUCAUCUUGGGGUCUAUGAUGGUGAAGCUGCCCCAGAUCCUGAAGCUGAUGGGGGCUAAGAGUGCCGAGGGUCUGAGCUUCAAUUCUGUCCUGCUGGAGCUGCUGGCUAUCACAGGAACCAUGAGCUAUAGCAUCGCUAACAGCUUCCCCUUCAGUGCCUGGGGUGAGGCCCUGUUCCUCAUGUUACAGACUGUAGCCAUCGGGUUCCUCAUCAUGCACUAUGGCGGCAACACAGUCAAAGGUGUCCUGUUUCUGGGGGUGUAUUUUGGCCUGGUGGCUCUGCUGCUCUCCCCCGUCACCCCCAUGUCUGUGGUCAUGGCCAUGCAGGCCUCCAACAUGCCAGCUAUCAUCAUCGGCAGGCUGAUACAGGUAGUGACUAACUAUGGGAACGGACACACAGGUCAGCUGUCUGCCAUCACUGUGUUGAUGCUGUUCGCAGGCUCCCUGGCUCGCAUAUUCACCUCAAUACAGGAAACAGGUGACUCCUUGAUGGCCCUGACCUAUGUCAUAUCCUCUUCCUGUAACGGCCUCAUCGCUGCCCAGCUCCUGUACUACUGGAACAGCAGCCCGGCGCUGAAGAAGAAGACGGAGUAGACACAGACUGGUGGACAUGAAGACAGUCUGAAAUGGGAACCUCGUUUUCAAGCAGUGUACUAUAUAGAGAAUAGGAUGCCAUUCAAGAUGCUGAUAGUGACAGAGAGAUUAUAUAGACAGUGUGUAUGGAUCUAAAAUGGCACCCUAUACCUAUGUAGUUCACUACUUUUGACAGGACUAUUGGCUCUGGUCAAAAGUAACACCCUAUUCCCUAUAUAGUGCACUACUUUUGACCAGAACCCUACUAGUGCACUAUAUGGGGUGUUAUUUGAGAUGUGCCCAAUACAAACACUCUGCUGUCCCCUACUACAGCCUAGCCCUGGACCAAAUCACUUUCUAUUCCCACUACCCAAACCAAGCUUUCGCCCAGUUAGAAUAGCUCACAGAGAAAUCUCAGUGUUUUAGCUCAGGGAAGGAAGGCUUGACCCUCUUGUUAGUCCAUCCUAAACACUGAUUCUACUAGAUGGAAGUGGUCUGUUGUUUCUUUAUACUUCCCCAACAAUGCAUUCCAUUGUUCCAGUAAUAUUACAUGUGUUGUUCUCGGAACAGACUCUAGAAUGAGAAAACAUUCUAGAACACAACCAGGAAGUUGGCUAAUAGCUGUAAUCAAUGGGUCAAGCAAUAGAGAAGUAUACUGUGAAAUUCUGUUCUUAUGUUUGAGAAAAAUGUUAGAUUUUCUUUAUGAAGGUUAGGUAGUUGGAGCUUUGUGGCCUGAGUGCGAGCAAAGAGGUCUAGGGUGAAGUUGCCCCUAGAUGCUGAUCUUAGUCCAGUUCCCUAGGGGGGACGUCAGCAAGCAAUCAAAAUAACUGUACUGAACCAAACGGUUAUUAGUCCAAAAUGCAGUUGCACCUUUUCAGUUUUUUCGGUUUGUUUCUUUGUAAGUAAGAUCUGUAGUUAAAUAAUUCAAAUUGGAUCCAGAUUAAAACUGGGAGCAGAAAUGUGGUAGCGUUGAAGUGUAAUGUUGAAGUCCAAUUUCUCUGUAUAGUUUUAGUUUAGCUGUUGAGAUUGAACUUCUGAAUCAUGUUAUGGUGCUGCUUGGGGGUUGUAUACCAGAGCUACAGUUCUGAAGAUGGUAAGAGAGUUGAUUUUUAAAUACGAAAAUAUAAUUAAACAUGUUCUGUUUUUGUUGGGACUGCUCCAGCGUGCCUGUCGUUGUCAGUCUUAUAUCUAGAAGGUUUGUGUGUGGUACACUUUCACACCACUAGACAGAGACAAACUUUCACCCAUUAUUUUGUACAUACACUUAGUUCUCUCAAAGUAGAGGCAUGAAGAUCUUGUUCUCUGUUGCUGCCUAGACUCUUUCAUAACUUUUUAGCUUUUAAUCAGUGAGUAAUAAAUAUGUUAUAUAGAUUAA